AUGUCAGGAACUGGUCCCCAAAAGCGUAGACGGAGGCUCGUCGGCGGAACGACAGAAGGUGACGCACCCGGCGGAGAGGAGGAAGACCAAGAAGCUCAGGAAAAAUUGCCUCUCGAGUCGGAAGCGCUUCUCCGGCAGCUGAUUCAUCAGCAGCGCGGCUCGCUGCUGCAGUACCGGCGCGAAGUCGCUGCCCUCGAGCGCCAGCGCGAGGAGCAGAAGCGCGAGCUUCUUGUCGCCUCGCAGCGGCAGGAGGCGGUGCUGAGUGUCUGGGGCGAACUCCAAAGCGACUUGCUGCUUCUCAAAGCGCGCGUCGCCGCGCGGAUCGACGCCGACCUUCUCGCGAAGCUACUGGCGCAUCCCGAGUCGUCUCUCUUCGCGCCGAGUCUCUUUCGAUCCGAGGACGCGGAUGUCAAGUCGGAGGAAGACUCCGCCAGUCCCGACGGGGGCUUGGCUGCGAGUUCGUCCGCGCGUCUCUCUUUCGAGGCGCCGCUGUGGAGCGACAGCGAGGAAGAUUCGGACGACGAGGCUUCGGGCGCUCCCUCCUCUGCGGCGGAGGCGCGGGUGAACUCGCCAACAGCUGAAGAGGCGAAAAAAACGUCUCUGGCGGAGGAGCUGCGCUCGCAGCGCGAGUGGACGCUGAGUCUACUUCGGGACGUGGUCGCCGCAGUCGAGGCUCAGCGCCAAGGCAGAGAAACCUGCAAGGAGGAGCCGAAGGAAGGCGAGGGCCAGCACAAGCACUCCGCCGCGGCGAGUGGGUCGCUAGACGCUGAUGCGGAGACCGGCUCCGCGUCUCUGCCGGAGAACGUCGUCUUUGAUCGCGUGCGCAGGGCGCUGCACAAGCUCCGCGAAGACGCGCGCAGGUACCGGCGCCGCGCGCGGACGGCGGAACUGGCGCUACGCGCCCGAAAGAAGGAGGCCCUUGCACUCAAAGUGGAGACAGACCGGCUGCAGAAACAACAGGCGCUCUUGAAGUACCGCUUCAAAGUUCUCUCUGGAGCCUCGCCAGAAAGCGCCGCGUCCCUCCUCCAAGCGGCGGGACUGAAGGACGAGGCGCUCGAAGAAAACGUGCCCUCGGCUCGUCUCACAUCUGAGACGGGCGCUUUCGCAGACUCGACGGCUGCUGGGGGACGGCCAGGAGUCUCAGGCGCGCCGCCCGCGCAAGCGUCGGGUGUCUCUGCAGGCGCAUCGGGCGCCGCCGAGGCCUCGUCCAACGGGGCGGAGACGGACGCAGUCGCGGGCGGUCAGGGCGGCGGUGGCGGCGACGGAGUGAAGUCCGCGGAGAGAGGCGAAAGUGCGGCGGGCGCGUGGGGGGAAGGCCUGGCGACGGCUGCCGGCUCGGGCGAGGGCCUCGCGUUCCUCCCGCACGCCGGCGCUCCGGAGGAGCUGCUCGAGCACUUCGAGGCCUUGCAAAUGAAGCUCCGCGAGAGAGAAAAGGAUAUUUCCGCGCUGCAGGACGAACGCGCCAAGGCGGAGAAACUCGCAGCGGAAGUGAAGAUGCUCAGAACUCUCAGCCACGAGCUCGUUAUCCAGAGUCCCCCCUACGUAGAGCUUCAGCAGCAAGCCUCCAAGCUCGAAGAAACCGUUGUUGCCAGGUCCGCGGAGGUGGAGGAACUCAGGCGGGAGCUGCUUCAGGAGCAGAAGCAGAAGGACGAGGAGUUUGACAAGCUUCUGGCGGAGACGAAGGAGCAGACGGACGGGCUCUUGGAAAAGAUGAAGACACUCACGGACGACCUUCAGAACGCGUGCAUCGAGCGCGAGAAAGCGCUUGGCGAGGCCGAGAGACUCCGACAGGAGCUCCUGCAGAGCAGAGCUUCGCAGGAGGAGCAAGAAACCGUCUUCGCGCAGAGAUGCGUUCAGCUGAGCAAACUGAAGAUGCAACACGAACAACUCAAGAACGCCGGCAGUCAAAUGCUGCUUCGCAACGAGCGGAUGAGGAAGGAGCGCCAGGGCCUCAUCGAGGCGGUUCGACAGAAGGAUGAGAUUAUCUACAGGCUCCAGCUGCGGCUGCGCGCCGAAGAGCGUCAGAAGCAGGAUACCGGCUCUUCGCCGUGUUCGCCUUCGGGGAACGCGUCGUCGUCUCCCACCGGCGGCAGCGACAGCUGCGCAGAAGACAAAGGCAAGUCGCCGCCCAACGAACCGAUUCUUCAAGACCCGCCUUCCUCCUCAUCUCCUUCUGCGUCCUCGUCUGCCGCCGCGUCGUCUCCUCUGCCUACGGGCGCGAGCAUGUCGCCUGGAGAGAGUCGCCGAAACUCGCUCUCGAGUACUCCGUCGCUGUCGCUUUCGGACGGACUUGAUCUGGCGGGGCUUCCCGAAGGCCAGGGGCUGGAAGUCCAGUUGGGGAAGAUCAAACUCGAAAAAGAGGCUCUCCAGAGGCGCCUGGCUGACUACGACCAGCUCGUUGCAGAGAUCGCCGGGCUUCGCGAGCAAUACGCGCGGGUCUCCGAAGAAGUGGAAGAGGUCAGCAAAGCGUUCGAGGAGCGCCAGACGUUCUGCGAACAUCUUCUGAAGCAGAUUAGGGAAAAAGACGAGGCCCUCGCAGACCACCGCAACAGAAGCGCGAGUUUCCUCCAGCAGCAGCAGAUGCUCUCUCGGCUGUCGCGCCUGCAUGACCAGAAACUUCUGCUGCUUCGCCAGCAGUACGAGCAGACCACUGCGAACUCCAGAGUCUAUGCGGAAGCCCUGCAGCAGGCGAAUGUCCGUGUGGCCUUGGCUGACCAGCAGCGCGAAGAAGCGACGUUGUUGUACCAGAGCACGCGCGCGGCUCGAGAUGCGCUGUUCAAGGAGAAAGAGGAGGUGUUGGCGAAACUGUCCACUGUGGUUGAGGCGAACAAGGUCCUGGACGCAGCAGCGCAGGAGAGUUCUUCGAAGAGAACUGCGGCCGAGAACGAAGCGCGACGUCUCACCGACGCCAAGGCGGAGCUGGAGAAGCGCAUCGAGAAACUCAAAGCGAAGGAAGAGAAGCAGGACAGGAAACGCGCUCAUACUGCAGCCCUCGAGGAGCUCUCGGUUCGGGAUCUGCAGCUGCUGAAAGACGAGAACGAAACCAUGCGGCGACGCCUGAUUUGUUUCGUCUGCAACGAGCGCUUCAAGGACCACAUUAUCAACAAAUGUGGUCACAUGUUCUGUCAAGUUUGCCUGGAGCGAAACGUGAAGACCCGCAACCGAAAGUGUCCGCACUGCAAGACCCCGUUCGACCAGAAAGACAUUCGGAAGGUCUACCUGGACAACUAA